AUGUCUGGCCACCACCACCAUAACCAUGGCCAUGGCGGCCACUGCCAUGAUGAAGAUGGCCACGAUCAUUCCAACGACAUCACUCCCGCCGUGCAGUCUCUUCUCUACUCCCAGAUCGACUUUGAUUCCAUCAACACACUCAAUGAGGCCACCCCCAAGGCUGGCACCGCCAUUGUAAAGAAAACCUGGGCCGAGAGAUUGAACGACGAGCCCGAACUCGAGAGCGACGCAGAUGAGCAGCUUCUCAUGUACAUCCCAUUCACCGGCCAAGUCAAAGUCCACUCUCUCCUCUUCUACACCGCGCCCACACCCUCCGCGCCGAAAACACUCAAGCUCUUCAAGAAUCGCGACGACCUAGACUUCUCAACGGCCUCCGAGCUCACCCCGAUCCAAACCAUUGAAAUGCCACAGCCGGUCCCCGGCGCGGAUGUCUUCGAGCUGCCCCUCAAUCGUGCGCACUGGAACACGACCACGUCCAUUACGAUCUUUAUCGAGGAUAAUUGGAGUGAUGGGGAAGAGGACGUCACUAAGGUGGGCUACAUUGGGUUCAAAGGCCAGUUUAUGGCGUUAAAUCGCGAACCCGUUAGCUUUUUGUACGAAGCUGCUGCUAAUCCUAAUGACCAUGUGGCCAUUCCUGGUGUCAAUGGUGUUGGGAGCAGGAUUCUCUGA